CAUACUCUUCCUUUCCUUCCACCUUUCCCUUUCUUUUCCUCCCUCUUCCACCACUUGAAUCCCAUCAAUGAAGUCCCUCCAAAAAUCAUAAUAAUAAGUAUUCCCCAAAUAGACUAUCAAAUAUGAUCACUAUUCACUGGAGGUGUACAUUCAGACAAUUUAUUUCAAGUCGAAUUAAGUCAUAUCAGAUUUCGAUUAAUCAAAUUAAUUUUGUUCGAAAAAUAAUAAAAUAAUGAACAUGAUAAGAUGUUGUCUAUCUUGCAUCCUCCCGUGCGGGGCAUUGGAUGUAAUCCGCAUCAUCCACACAAACGGCCGCGUGGAGGAGAUUUCCGGCACGAUACGAGCUGAAGAAGUAAUGAAAGCACACCCCAAACACAUCCUUAAGAAGCCAACUUCACGUCCUAAAUCCGACGUCGUUCAAGCUGUUGACCGUGGGCCCACUAUUGUAGUGGUCCCACCUGAUGCUCAACUUCAAAAAGGGAAGAUUUACUUUCUUAUCCCUGUUCGUGAUCAUCAGAAGAAAUCGAAGUCGUUGUCAUCAUCAUCACCGUUGAUUAAUGCAUCUAGGGGAUCAACGGCUAGGAGAAAACAUAAGAUGAUUAGUAGUAAUUCAAUAUCAAUAAAAGGUGGUAAUUUGGUUUUAGCAAAUGGGGAUGGAGAUAAGUAUUUGAGUGAUAUAUUAAGUGAAAAAGUUAUUCAUACAGAAAAAAAAAGAGGAAGAGUUGCUGUUUGGAGACCUAAUUUAGAUAGUAUUUGUGAGACUCACAGUGAAACGGCUUCAAGUAAUUAAUAUAAUUUAUUAAUUUAAUUUUUUAAAAAAAUUUUGAGGUAAGGUCGAGAAUUUCUUACUAACAAGAGGAGUCGUAUGAUUGAUCCUACUCCUACCUACAGGAAAAUCAAACUCCUAUUAUAAAUUUAAAAAAUAUUCUUUUAUUCUAGGUAAGGUCAAUCUAUGCAUGAUUUUCGUUUAUAAUUAAACAUAUCAUUUUGAUGUGUGUAUUUUUUUUUUCUUUUUAUUUUUUAUUUUCGACUAUUAAUUAUUUUUAGAAAAAGAAAAAAAAAAGAGGAAGUUUUUGUUAUAUAGAUCAUGAACAUUUUUGUGUGAACAUAUGACAUUGGGUAAAAUUGGAGUAAUUAUACUCUAAAUGUUAAUUAUACAUACAUACUCCUAAUAUUUUAUGCUAUUUAAUUAUAUUGUUUUAUAAAUGAGAGAAUUAUAUAUGAAAUGAAGUAUUUUUGUAUGAAUAUUAUUGUUUAUUAAAGAAAAAACUUAAUCAACUACACUUCUCUUUAUUUAUCUUUGUCAAUUGUAUUUUUUUUUUUUUAUUAUUUGAGAUGGAUUGAAAAUAUUAUGUGUAGUUCAAAUUAUAGAGUUAUAUUAAGCAAACAGCCUAUUUUUAAGAAAUCAAAAUUUGUACACAAUCCAAAGUCUCACCAUACAUAUUUUAAGGAAAAAUAUGAUUAAAAAGAAAGUGGUUUCCACAAUGAUAACCAGUAGAUGAUUUUGCAAUAUGUUGCUUCAUGUUCUUGGUCUCCCAAUUAUUCCAAUUAUGGGCAUUGUUUGCUCUCACAAGUCAUAAUAUGGACCAUUCACAAGACAAAUUAAAGUUUGUAUUUAUAGUUUCCUACUAUAUUUGUUUAUUUGUUCUUUCCAUUUAUUUUUUGAGUUUUCAUUUUGAAUUUUAAAAUUUCUAAAAAUUCAUAUUAAUUUAGUAUAUUUAUAUUGAGACGAAUCUAUCAAGA